UCCUUUCUUUUGGUAAUUACAAAUUACGCAGCGUAAUUUUCUAAAAGAAAUUUCUGCUCAUGUUUUGCGUUCUUUGUUUUUAUGUAAAAUAUGGCAAAAAGAUAUUUCGCUUCAUGUAAAACAACUCCCCUAGAGCUCGGCAUUGAAACUAUUUUCUUGACUUUGAUACAUCAAAAUCCACCUCGAUACUCCAAUGCCAUCGAUUGUAUUGCGAAUAAAAUUAACAGAGUACCAAGUGAGAAAGUUCUGUCUUCAGUCAUAUUUCAAAUACUAAUGAGUGAAGACUGUGAUAAAAAAAGUGCAAUUGCUGCCAAUCGCUACUUGUACGAUACUCUGACGAUCUAUUCACCUUCAGAUUACAGUCGAAGGUACUAUUACAAAAGUGCGUUAACUGGUGGAAGAGGUUUUGGAUUCACAAAUUUAUGGGCUGUGUUUGAACGCAUUGUUAACUCAAGUUUCAUCCAUCAUAAAAUACGGGAGGCAGAAGAAGAGCAAGGAAGAAAUCCUAUUCCAUAUCCUAACUGUGAUAUUUUAGUUGAUUUUUAUGUGCGUGUGCUUAUUGACAAUUAUGAUUUUUUGUCAUCUGAAAGAGUUUUUUAUCAAGGAUCUGAAAAAAGUUUGGUUAUGGAUUUAUUUUGGCCAACAAACUAUUCCAAUUUAAUUGCUGACAAAAAUCCCAGACAGCUUUUAAAGUGGAUAAAUGAAAUCUAUCUACACAGUGGUCGCAUAUCUAAGAUUAGUGCCUUUCAUAGUCUGCAUAAAUUGCUAAAUCUGAUGAUACAGUGUAUUGUUCAUUUAGAAUACAGCUCAGAUAAAACGGAGACUUCAAACAUUAAAGCAGAUAGUUUGAUUUGUCACAGUCCUUGUAUAUUCGAGAUUGUGAAGGUCAUUUUUAACAUUUGUAAAGAAGUUUUCAAUAGUCUGAAUAGUUUUAAGCACUUCUUACAUCAUUUAUCAUCAAAGCCUGUACAGUUCAAAGUAUGCGAGUACACGCUGUAUGAACUUCUUAACUCUAGUCAACCAUCUGUUCGUAAACUUCCUCAGUGUACAUUACAAACCAUAGUGACCGUCUAUAUGUUCCCAAAUAAACUGUCGACUGGAAAAAAGGGCAGACCAAAAAAGCAAACAAUAAAUGAUUUGUCACCAGAAGAUGAGAGCAGAGAAAAUGAACAGGCUGCACCAACCCAUAAUGAUGGUAAAUUUGAGCUUCAUGAGCUCAUCAGGACAAAUAGACCUGCAGAUCUGUACAUAAAAUUGUGUUCUUCUGCAACUCUAGAUGUCAAUGAAAAAAAUAAUUUGGGCCAAACACCUUUACAUGUGGCUUGCCUUUCUAGCUUAGAAAAGAAUGUAUGUUACAAAAUAUUAAUUAACGAGUGUUCUUCAGAAAAUUCCAAACAUAGAUUGAACUUUAGUGCAGUUGAUGGCGAGGGCCAGACGAGUCUCCACAUAGCUAUGAAGGAAAACAAAUGUAGCAUCGCAAAAAGUAUUUUAAAGCAUGGCGGCCCCAAACUACUGGAAAUAAAGGAUAAAUAUGGUCGAAAACCGAUGCAUUAUGCUUCCAAAGAAAUGAAGCAAGUUCUAAGAGAAUUAUCUAUGAAUACUGAUACAGAUAAGUCUGCCAUCUCACUAAAGACUAUAGCUGACCUGGACAUUCCUACUUUUCAGAACUUUAAAGAAUAUGCCUUUUAUUGUCAUGUCUUACAUUUCUUGGUAACUUAUUAUGCUCACAUUUAUAACAUCUACCAUCUGAGGAAAUUGAUAAAGAGUGAAAAUUCUUCUCUCAUUGAAGUCCUUAAACAUGAAAGUAAGAAUUGUCCUCACUUCAAGAUGUGUCAGGAAAAUGCUGUGUGUUCUGAGGAUGUAGACUGUAUCAAAAUUUUACCUGACUUGAUCAAUCAUUUCGUUAAGCGAACAAAUGAAUGUACAAAAGGAAAACAAUUAAAUCUAGAUUUGGAAUUGUUUCCUCCGCAAGUGUUUGCUGCCGUUUUAGACUAAAGAUAUACUGUAGCAAGGACAGUGGCUGUCAUUGUUAUUAAUUAAUUUUUUAAUUGUUAAUUUAUUAUUUUUUUAUGAUUAUAUUCUAGUAUAAUAAAAAGAAGCCUGAAAGUUUUAAGGGCAGAACAUACUAUUGAAAAUUUUUUUUAAAUAAAAGAAACUUUAAAUAAUGUCGGAAAAUGCUGUGUGUUCUGAGGAUGUUCACUGUAUCAAAACUUUGCCCGACAUUAUUAAUCAUUUCGUUAAGCUAACGAAUGAAUGUAUAAAAAGAAAACAAUUAAAUCUAGAGUUGGAACAGUUUCCACCACAAGUGUUUGCUGCUGUUUUAGAUUAGAUAUAUUGGACAGUGGCUCUUAUUGUUGUUACUUUAUUUUUUAAUUGUUAUUAAUUAAUUUGUUAGUUUUUUUAAAUUUUUUUUGAGAUAUUUAUGAUUACAUUCAAGUAUAAUAAAAAUAAGUCAAAGUUUAAGGGCUGAACAUACUAUUGGACUUUUCAAAAUGAAUUAAAGAGGCUGGAGAAUUAAAGUUAAAGAGGGAAAUGCCUCUUAUCAGAUAUUUUAUUAUUUUUAUAUGUGUUAUCAGGGUGCAUAGUGCUUUUAAAAAGUGCUUAUUUUUGAUUUACAUAUUUUAAAAGCCCUUAAAAGUGCUCUUUUUAUUCGGGGUUUGUAAAAAGUGCUUAAUUCUCUAUCUUUUGAAAAAAGAUAUUUUUCUUUGCAAUGUCAUUCAAUUGUCAUUCCAAAUUACAAAAAAAAAACGUGAUUUUCACACUUUUCUCUGCAAUAUUUAUCUGAAACUAGUCAUUUUAUCAGGAUUUUGUGAAAAGAGUUUUGAAUUUUAUUGACUUGAUGGUCAUAAACUAAGAGCUUUAAAUGAUAGAAAAAUUUUUUAUUGCUGCACAGAUCCUAAUUAUGAUUAUAAUUUUUUUUCUUUGGAAAGUGAUUAAAAGUAUUUUCUGAGUGCUUAAAGGCUGAUUAUUUUUUGUGGAAAAAUCAGUCUAUGUGUUCUGGUUAUAUUUUUUUAUUCGUCAAAUUUUUCUGAUUAUAUUCUAGUAUUGUUCAGAUAAAUGAAGUGUGAAAGUUUGGAGGUCAUAAUAUUGUACUAUAUUGUACAUAAUAUUGUACAUAUCAAACUGUAGUUUUUAUGUAAAUAAAAGAAGCUGGAAAAAUGUA